GCUUAUUUGUUACCCACGGCCACGAGGACCAUAUUGGCGGUAUUUCUUAUUUACUACAAUUAAUUCCGAAUAUUCCAGUUUAUGGCUCAGAAUUUUCAAUUUCUCUCCUCAAACAAAAAUUACGGGGGGAAAGUAAAGAAAAAACCACCAUUUUUCAAGACGACACAAUAAUUCGCACCGGGGAAUUUCGGAUUGGGGAAAAAUUUGAUUUAGUUAAAUUGGCCGAAAUUGGCAAAAAAGGGGUAGAUUUACUAUUAAGCGAUUCCACUAAUUCCGAAGUUGAAGGCAAUACCCCUUCAGAAGCAAAAGUAGUUAAGCGUUUAGAAAAUAUUAUCACAGAGGCCACGGGUCGCGUAAUCAUUACCUCUUUUGCUUCUAAUGUCUACCGCUUAAAAAAAGUUAUUGAAAUUGCCCAAAAAACUGACAAAAAGAUCGUUUUGCUGGGUUCUUCGCUCUUGAAAAUGAUGAAAGCCAUCCAAAAAGCCA